AGAAAGGCCUCACUUCUCAUUCGUGCACCAUUACCAACACUGCUAGCUCGAAGCUCCAGCAUUCAUCAGCAGAAUCCUGCUCUGUUUCGGUUCAGGGGUCGCUUUGGUUUGAUCAUUUGCUCUGUGCUGUGCUCUGUUUCUUUGGGCGGCCAUGGUGGUCCUGGCGAAGCCGGCGGCGCUGGAGCAGAUCUCGCUGCUUCGGACGCCGGAGCCGUGGGAGAGCUUCGCGGGCGUCCCGGCCGUGGACCUGUCCGCGCCCGGCGCGGCCGACGACGUGGUGCGCGCCUGCGAGCGGUUCGGGUUCUUCAGCGUCGUGAACCACGGCGUGGCACGGGGCGUCGUGGAGCGGCUGGAGCACGAGGCCGCGCUCUUCUUCUCGUGGCCGCAGGCCGACAAGGACGCGUCGGCGUCGGGCCCCGCCGACCCCUUCGGCUACGGCAGCAAGCGCAUCGGCCGCAAUGGCGACAUGGGCUGGCUCGAGUACCUCCUCCUCGCCAUCGACCGAGAAUCCCUCUCCAAGGCCUCCCCUGCCCCCUCCUCCUCCCUCCGGGACGCCAUUAACGAGUACGUGGGGGCGAUGCGCGGGCUGGCGAGGACGGUGCUGGAGAUGGUGGCUGAAGGGCUGGGCGUGUCGCCGCGUGGCGCGCUGGCCGACAUGGUGACGGGGGAAGCGAGCGACCAGGUGUUCCGGCUGAACCACUACCCGCCUUGCCCGCUGCUGCAAGGCUUGCCCCCUAACUGCAGCGUCACCGGCUUCGGCGAGCACACGGACCCGCAGCUCGUCUCCAUCCUUCACUCCAACGCCACGGCCGGCCUCCAGAUCGCGCUCCACGGCGACGGCGACGCGCAGAAGUGGGUCUCCGUCCCGCCCAACCGCGACGCCUUCUUCGUCAACGUCGGCGACUCCCUCCAGGUGCUGACGAAUGGGAGGCUGAAGAGUGUGAGGCACAGGGUGGUGGCAGGCAGCGGGCGCAAGUCGCGCGUGUCGAUGAUCUACUUCGGAGGGCCACCGGUGGCGCAGAGGAUCGCGCCGCUGCCGCAGCUGCUGCAGGCGGAGGGCCAGCUGCCAAUCUACAGGGAAUUCACAUGGGGCGAGUACAAGAAGGCGGCCUACCGCUCACGCCUCGGCGACAACCGCCUGGCCCCCUUCCAGAUGACACUUGUCGAACUCCAGCACGCCCAUGCCGAUGCCGCCGGCCUCCACCACCGGUCCUAACACUCCUAAUUAGUGACCGGCAAGCAUCGAUCGAUCCCAACAAAUUAAGACACGAGGCGGCGCCUGCAUGCACACUUGGAGCCCGGCCACGAUCGGCCAUGGAUGACCUGGCCUGGUCCGGUCGGAUAUGCACAUAAAGCUUUGCUAGCUGUAGGGACGAGCUCGAUGGUCCUGCCCGCGGUGGGCACGGCACCGGCAUGGACGGCCGGAGACGAAGCCGAUCGAUUGAUCCCUCGAUCCGACCGGGUUGGUCAAAUGUACAGUGUAGCACUACUCCUGCUCCCUCUGUCCAUUAAAGGACGUCGCAUCCUCCCUCCCUCCCAGUUCAAUUCAAAUUUUGCAAAAACAUCCCUCAAAUUUGAAAUUUCGAAUUCAUAGCUCAAAUUCAAAUUCAAAUCUUCCGGUCUGGGUCUGGUCCCGGCCUCCCGCUGCCCUUGCGCCAGAGCUCGCACCGCCGGAGGAGAUCUAAUCGCGGACUCCCGCAUCGCGGACGUGGAGGAGGAAGGAGGCCGCCGACGGGCCUGCUAGCCGCGCUGCUCCCGCCGUCAUUCUCCCCCGCCUCCGCAGCUCCGUCGCCGUCAACCGCCGCUCCGCCUAGGAAGGAGGUCGCCUUCUUCUGAGGACGAGGACUAGGUGAAGCGCCUUCUUCUGAGGACGAGGACGAGGACGAGAUCUCGAUCCCAUUUGCUCUGCGUGCUUCCUUGGUCCAGGCUGGUUCAAUUGUGAGCACCCUUUCUUCUACUCACAGCCAUGGAGUUUUACUUCUCUACUCUGUACAGAAGUAAAAUGGUUUCUCAUUGUGAGGACAGAACAGAAUCUUGCAGAGCAAAUUUAAUUUAAAAACGGUUUUGAUAUUUCUUAGGAGACCGAGAAAUAACUAUUUCUCAAUCGAUAAUAACAACCUUUUGAUUCAAUCA